CUGCGCUCCAAAUAUCGUUAUGAAUUUCGGCAAAGAAAGCUUUUAUAUAAUCAAUUGCAGGAGAUUCGCGGCAACAUCCGCGUCUUUUGCCGAGUACGCCGAGACGAUCGUGUUUCGUGCGCACUGAGCUUCCCCGACGAGAAGAAUUUGGGGGGCGCGACCCAAGUGAGCUGCCCCAACACAAAGUCUGAAGCGGGCUUGGCAAAGACGUUUGAGUUUGAGCGCGUGUUUGGCCCUGAUAGCACACAGGAAGAAGUGUUCUUGGACACUGAGGCCAUCAUCACAAGCUGUGUUGAUGGGUACAACGUCUGCCUCAUUGCUUACGGGCAAACAGGCUCGGGCAAGACAUAUACCAUGAUGGGCACGCCAGAGAAUCCUGGUGUGAACCGGCGCGCGGUUAAAGAGCUGAUCCGCAUCAUGAGUGAGCGCGAGCACAUUGAAUACGAGAUGCAGGUCUCGCUCAUGGAGAUUUACAACGAGAAGAUCAUUGACCUGCUCUCUACUGACGUGUCGGAUAACAGUAAGUCAACACUCGAGGUUGGCCUGCCAUUUGUCGCAGACCUGAUCAAGCGACCGGUGAAAACAGAGGCGGAAGUGUUGCAAGCCUUGGCCGAUGGCGACAACAACCGCCAUGUCGCGUCGACCAAGAUGAAUUCGCACAGUUCGCGCUCCCAUCUGCUGCUGCAAAUUUAUACCAUGGGGCGUGACUCCGUGUCAGGGGAAAUUACGCGUGGCAAGCUCACGCUUGUGGAUCUGGCGGGCUCUGAACGCGUGGCCAAGACCGACGCGACUGGGCAACGCCUGGUGGAGGCCGCGGCCAUUAAUAAGAGCCUCUCCUCCCUGGGUCAAGUCUUUGGGAGCUUGCGCUCUGGCCAGGGCCACGUGCCGUAUCGAAACUGCAAGCUGACCCACAUUCUUGAAGAUAGCUUGGGCGGUGAUGCCAAGACCUGCGUCUUUGUGAACGUGAGCCCUGCUGAUAGCAACCUGGCAGAGACUGUGGGCACGCUUCAAUUUGGCACGGUAUGUCGU